AUGUUAUGUAAUAGCGUCUGGGUUUUCAAACAAUUAGAUACACUUCGUCCCACGUUUUCCACAGCAUACUUGAUGCCUCGCACCAGUAUUUUCAAGCUUGAGGGCCAAAUCCCUGUGUGUGAUGCCCUAAUCGUGCGGCUAGGAAUUGAUUAUGAUAUCUUAUUGAACCACACACACCCUUCUGAUGCACAGCCAAAGUAG